AUGGUUGUCGGCGGCCAACAAGUAUACAUCAUUUCGAGCCCGAAGCAUAUUUCUGAACUCUACAAGGACACCGUGAGUUUCAAUCGUGACCUGAUGAGCAAGGAACUCUAUCACAGAGCCGGUAUUCCUCGCCGAGUAGUGGACCGCAUUUUUGAAGUCGAUCCCAAGGCCCCGUACAAUGUCAAUAGCGCCCGGUGUAUGCACAGCACGGAUGUUAUGAUGUCUUUAUACCGUCAUCAUCUCUCACCCGGCAAAAGUCUUAAUGACCUUCUCGCCGACCGAAUAACACCUUGCAUUCUCAAAGCGCUUGCUCCUAGGACGAUGCCAGCACCUGCGUCUGUCCGAACUGUAUCGCUCCACAACGUGUGCGUUGAGGUUUUUGUGAAAGGCAUAGCAGAAGCGUACUACGGACCCGUUCUCUGGGAGAUUGAGCCAAACUUUGUGGAAUGGUAUAUGGUGUGGGAAAGGGUGAACUGGAAGUUCAUCUUCGGCUUGCCAGCGUUCCUCGGUCGGGACAUGCAAAUUGCCCGACGGCAUCUGGUGGGCACCUUUGCAAAGUACUUCACCCUACCGCAAGAGCAGCGAGAGCAGGGGAAUUGGUGGGUUCGGGCGGUGGAAGAGGUCCUCCGCCAAGAUAAGCUCAACGACCAUGAAAUCGGCUGCAUGUUCAUGCUACAAACUUGGGCGAUUCUGGGAAACAUGUUCAAAACUGCUUUCUGGCUCGUUGCGCACAUCGUGUACGAUCCAAGCAUUCUGGACGCGAUCCGGACUGAAAUGCAACCCGCCUUGACAGGCGACCAGGUCGAUCAUCGAUAUCUCGUCGAGCAUUGUCCCCACCUGGAUUCUCUCUUCUCUGAGGUGCUACGUCUAAGAAUGGCCAGUCCCAUGGUGCGCGACAUUGCGGUGACAAGUGCGAUCGGCGGAAAGACGGUACGAGCCGGGAGCCGCGUCCUUGCCUCCUACCGGCAAUUGCACCUCAACCCCGACGUCUGGGGCAGUGCACCGCACGUCCUGGAGGCGGAUCGCUUUGCCAAGGAUCCAGGGCUGCGAUCUAAUGCCAGCUAUCGGCCGUGGGGCGGGGGCAGUACGGCGUGUCCCGGACGGUUUCUGGCCAAACAAGCUAUCUUCUGCUUUGUGGCUCACUUGCUCCGAGACUCUGAGAUUGGGCUGCAGCAGGAGGGGGCAUCCGCGGCAGAUGCGCCUGACCACCCCGGUCGCGGACGGUUUCCUCGUGCGGACUGGUCCCGCCCCAGCCCAGGCAUCGUAGGACCCCUGGAGGGAGAGGAUCUCACCCUUGUAAUCCGUCGGGUAAGACGGAAGUGA